AUGGACCAAAAGGUGCCCUUUUUAGUGGCUGGGAGAGUCGUAGACACAAUCCAACCUAUGACUGGUGUAUCAUCCGGCUCGGGAUCCCGGGAUUCAUCCUCGGCUUUGACAUUGACACUUCUCACUUCAAUGGCAUGCAACGAAGCGCCACAGUCAUCUGUCCAGGCGCUAUUUUCGACCGAUGCCGCAGAUCCAACGCCAGAAGACGAACGUUGGGUCGAGCUACUACCAAAAGUGAAUUUGGGACCGAGCUCUCGCCAUUUGUUCACCAUUCCACAAACAGAUAAAGCCUACAGCCAUGUAAAACUCAACAUGUACCCAGACGGUGGAAUUGCGAGAUUUCGUGUCUAUGGCCUCGUGUCGCCCAUCUUUCCACCACUCACAGAGACGUUUGACCUUGCUUCUGUCUACUCUGGAGGGCGUACUGUACUGGUUUCUGACCAGCACUUUGGUGUUGGUUCGAACUUAGUCUUGCCUGGACGAGGAAAAGAUAUGCGUGAUGGAUGGGAGACUCGAAGAAGUCGAACGGCCGGUCACAAAGACUGGGCGAUAAUAAAGCUCGGUGCACCUGGCUAUCUAGAAGCUCUCGAAAUCGAUACGGCAAACUUCAUGGGUAACUAUCCUGAGAGCGUCGAGGUUCAUGCUGCAUUCUGCUCGACGGAUAUCCCAGACGUUGGCGAGGAGACGUGGGUACAAAUCCUCAAACGCACCAAGCUCGGUCCACACCGUCGCCACCAUUUCCACGUCGAGAAUGCGGACGACCUCGUGUUCUCGCACAUUCGCGUCACGAUCCAUCCCGACGGUGGCAUCAAACGUGUUCGUGCUUACGGUAGACGCGCGCAAGCAGAAGAAGGCGAGACGACUAUUGACCUCGAGUCAAGCACCGAAGAAGCAAUUGAAACGCCGACAGAUCGUCAGAGCCACGCUCAUGACGACUCGAUCCCCAAUGGAGUUCACGUGGGUGGCAAGCUCAUUCCGGCACUCCCACUGACACCAGAGGGAUUUGCACCGUUCGGACAUGUUGUACAAGCGUAUGAUACGCCGGAAGCCGCACCGCGCGGCGUUAAAGUCACCGGUGCUAACCAAGGCUCUGCCAUCAAGUAUCACGCGCUCGCGCCCGUCAAAGCAAGCUAUCCAUCCGACGUGGAAGCCAAGACGGCGUUGUCGGUCUACAGAGCGAAACCGAUAGACGCGCGUGUGGGAGAGUUGUUUGAUGUCAAGCUCCUCGAGCGCCAUCCAUGCACGAAUCAGGCUUUUUUCGCGUUGGGCGCCGGCACGGGUGUUGGCGAGUACUGCCUUGAGAAGCAAGGCAGAGCGUAUUUGGUCAUCACAGCGUUGAAUGGACAUGAUGAUCGUCCGGAUUUGUCGAGCUUGCGAGCGUUUGUGGCUAGUGUCUCACAGGGCGUCGUGUAUGACACUGGUAUCUGGCACCACCCGCUGAUAUGCUUGGAAACGAGCAUUGAUUUCGCCUGUGUGGAGACACAGAUAGGAGGGCAUCCAUUGGACUGUGAAAUUGUGGAGUUGGACGCCUCGGCUGGACUUCCUCGUGUUCAAAUCCCCAAGUUUUAG